UGUGUGUGUGUGAAUGUACGCGCGUGCGCGCGUCUGUGGACGAAAGAGUUUAUACUGGAUUCUCCGGACGCCUCCAGCGCUGUGAAAUCGGAGGAUCUCUCCAGUUCUGCUGUUGUACCCAGAGCAGUAGGUCUAAUGCGCGCAAAAGGACGCAACACCCCAGUGCUGUUGCGUAUCUUCUCAGUUUUUAAAACGCUGUCGUUUUGAAAAAACAAAAAAAACAUUACACACCUUUGCUGUCAAUGGUGGCAGCACAGGUAGGGAAGAGGAUCCCGGAAGAACCCGUAGUGCAGGUUGCCACAUUGUUUGCAUAGCCUAUUAUUCCAAAGCUAGCGAGCGUCGAUGGACUUGUUUGCCUCGUUACAAAAAGUAGGCUAAUUAUUCUAUCUUAAAGUUCUUGAUUUGAACGUGAAUGAACGAAAAGAAGAAGAUGAAGGAGCUGAGGAAGAAAAAGCUGUUCGUGGUGGUGGACGUGCUGUGCGUUCUAGUUGCGGCACUGCCCUUCAUCAUAAUGACCAUUGUGUUCAAGCCAUAUCAGAGAGGGGUUUACUGUGACGACGAGAGCAUCAUGUACCCCCUAAAACCAGACACCAUCACCCAUGGAAUGCUGGCGGCCGUCACCAUCUCCUGCACUGUCAUCAUUAUAUCCACUGGAGAGGCUUAUCUGGUCUACAGCAAAAGGGUGUACUCAAAUUCUGAAUUCAACCAGUAUGUAGCUGCACUCUACAAGGUAGUGGGCACCUUCUUGUUUGGUGCAUCUGUUAGCCAGUCGCUCACCGACCUUGCCAAGUUCACAAUCGGCCGCCCGAGACCGAACUUCAUGGCCGUAUGUGUCCCUAAGGUCUGCACGGGAUACAUGCAGGUGAUCAACUGCACAGGCAAGCUUCAGGACGUCACAGAGUCCAGAUUGUCCUUUUACUCGGGUCACUCCUCUUUUGGAAUGUACUGCAUGCUCUUCCUUGCGCUUUACGUGCAGGCGAGACUGGUGGCUAAGUGGGCCAGACUUCUCCGGCCCACCAUCCAGUUCUUCCUGGUGGCCUUUGCGGUGUAUGUGGGUUACACCCGAGUCUCUGAUUACAAGCACCACUGGAGCGACGUGCUGGUGGGGCUGUUGCAGGGAGCACUUGUUGCUGUACUCAAUGUGCACUUUGUGUCCGACUUCUUUAAGAAGCGUCCUCCUCGUUGCACUAGGCCAGACACAGCUGAUAGCGAAGAACCAGAGAGGAAACCCAGCCUGCAGAUUGUAGACUCCGAGCACAGCAACCAUUUCAACUAUCACCACAAUCCAGGCCCUGUGUGAUAGGGGCUGAUGCAAGGGAACAGAGGCUGCAGCCUGCAGACCCAAAAACUGUGUGAUAGGGUCCAACUCAAGGGCUUCAACCUUGAUUGGGCAGGCAACGGCGUUUAGUUCAGGGAGUUACCUGGGUCUUGACUCUUAUCAGCUGCCCCCUGCAGACUCCUGAUGCUAUGUGAGGAGUCCUAUGAGUAUGAGAUGUUAGAAGUUUUAAAGUGUAUAUAUAAAUUCUACAGCUAGCCCUUUGUAUGUCUUUUUGAAAAGGUAAAGAUCAGGUCUUUAGCUUGCAGCCUCCAAGCCCCAUGCUCCCUCCCUCUGUUUCAACCACUCACACCCCCCCCUACUCCCCAACCACUGGACUGACUGAGGGGGCUACAUCCCAUCGCCAGGUGCCUGAGCCCCCUCUCAAAGACACCAUGAUGAUCGUCUAUCUCCUGUAAGGGAGAGAGGAGCAUGUUGUUUUUAAGACAUCAUUGUUGAUGUUGAAGUGUAUGUGCUUAAAGCUGCAUUAAGCGAAAGACUCCAAACCCACAGCAGCAAAGCUAUGAUAUACUAAUGCCUUCUUAAGUACCUGUGGCUGAUGUGUCAGCAGAUGUGAACAGCAGAAAUGCAGGAACAUGGGCAUCCCAAUUAGAGUCCUAUCCUUCCAACUGACAAAUAUCCACUCACUUUUAUGCCAUCACUUCCUGCGAAAAAGGCUUGGCUUGAUGCAUGCUGCUUACUUUACUUAUCACUUGAUUAUUAGGUGCAAUACACAUGUAUUUCUCAGGCCGUGUUUGUGGGAAACCGCUCCCCACAUUGCCACAGAGAUAGAUAGAUAGAUAGAUAGAUAAAUGGAGAUAUAUAUAUAUAUAUAUAUAUAUAUAUAUAUCUGUGGCGAUGUGGGUCAGGAAGAUCUAGGUGUUGAUUCUCAGUGGGAAUCGUAGUAUUAUAGCAACUAUUUUACUUACCAGGGGCUCUUUGAUUUUAUGUUAACAUCAAAUAUAUCGCUUAAUGUAGCUUUAACAAUUUUUGUAUGUUUUUGAUUUCUGUAUGUAAGGCGUCAAAUGUGUAGGCAGCGAUGAAAGAAAUGUAAGAACGAGAGGAAGAAAGACAAGAUUGUUUAUAAAUGUAGGGAAAGGCACAGUUUGCUGUAAGUGCACCUUAAAGAAGAAGCUCCACACUAGAAGGGCAGUGCAAAUCCUAACAAAUUAUUUUAAGUCCACAGCAGAUGAGCUAAUUUUCUCCAUGUAUCAUGUCAUCCUGUCAGCAAAAAGGCAAUCCAUACUGAACAUCUUAGGUCAGAUGUAAUUCUAUGAUCUGACAUCAGACGAUACAUGUCUCCCAGCUCCUCUACUCCGACAAACAAUGUAACCUUUUUAAAAGUCACUAUACAGGCUUAUUCUCCACGAGGACUUACACUACAUUGAUCAACUCUGCUUCACUAGUCCCAGAAAUUACUCUUAGUAUCAUGUUGUAUCAUUGCCCAAGUGUCCUGAUAAGUGCCUGACUUUCGCAUCAUCUCUUCGGUGCCAAUAAUUCUGAAUCUGAACUAAGGAGAGGAGAUCAUAUACUGACUCUUAAGGCCCUGACACGUCAAGGAGAUCGUCGAUCCAAGUUAGGCCGACGGUGACCGUCUGUCGCGCCUAGCUUUUGCGUUGUGUCAUGCACCGUGGCCACGUGUCGGAAUUUGUCUUCCUUAUUUUGGUUGGCUAUUCAGCUCAAGUGAAUUAGUACAUAAGAUGAAAAAAAUGUAAUGAGGAAAGCAAAUAAAUGACUGUGAGAGCGCGCACACAGAAGGCUCUUCUAAUUUUUCAUCUUCGUCUCAUCUAAUCAAUCCAAUACACAGAAAAACAGGCCAAAAAUUAAGUUUGAAAAUUACUUUUUUGGAAUAUCUUUUUUGGCACAUUAUGUCCGUAAGAUGGCGGUUUCUCUUUUUCAAUGACGAAUAGAUUACCGCCACCUGCUCGCAUGGAGAAUUAUUUUCUCUCACGCAAGCACAGAACGUAUGCGGCAUUUGGCUGUUAGCUGUAGUCUUUGUGGUGUGUUCAAGUGCAAUUUUCUUUUUUACCAAGAACACGGCCAUGUUAGGCGACACCACAGUUGGCAUUCGUCGCCACUAGUUCUUGACUGUCUGCUUGGUGUGUCAGGGCCUUAAAGUCAGAUUCACCCUUAACAGUGGUGAUGCUUUUCUAAAAAAUGUAUACAUUUAAUUGUGGAGCUUGUGAAUGAAAUAUGUUUCCCUGUGUGAAAUGGACUGCAGAGGUUGAAACCAUUGUUACAGAUAGCUUUAAUUUCUGUUGGAUUUAUGUGCUAUACCACUACUUUAUUGCCAAUCAAAUAUUAAGCAAUUUGCCCUCUCUUUUUUUCUCACAUAAUAAUAAUUAAAGAAGGAUGAGACAACCAUUUUGAAAAUGGUGAUUAAUUUAUUUUAAAUAAAAAGUUCUUUAUUUACUCUUACUGCCGGCGCUGUUAAGGUUUUUGUGCAAUCACCCCUGCUUGCCACUAUGAGCCACAAAUACUGUAUAUACUAAUGUUAUGAGACAUGUUUCAUGUUGCGUAUAUAUAUGCUUGUAUGUUUUUAUUUCACAUGUACAGUGUGCUUUGGCUGGUGACUUCUCAGACUGGUGGCUGGAGAAGUUUGCCACAGAAACGGAUCCAAUUCCAGGUCCAAACAUAAGCCAGAUGCCUUGGCAGGGCUUUUAAAGGGCUGUUGUAAUGAUAAAGGGUUACAUACCCAACUGUGUUUUUGAAGCUAGUAACACUGCUCCAUUCCCACUUCAAAGAUUCGUCUGUGUUCCUCUUCCCAUUCCUGUGUUGAUAAAUGAGGUUAAUUUGUGAGUAAGGUCUCCUGUGCAGUUUGUGUACAGCUUGCAGACCCCUGGAAGACUGACAGCAGAUCUGAGAGACCACAAAGCUGAUUUGGGGGGGGGGGGCAGCAGGACAGACUCUCACCUGGUAGUGAUUGUAAGGCCCCAAAACUGAGCUGAGACUAGAGAAAGGAAAGGUACUUUGGGGGUGGGGGUGGGGUAUCCCAUGGGGAACCUUGCUCCCUGAGGACAUCUACACAUUUAAAACAGAUUUACAACGAGAAACAGCUGGAACUGGUUGCGAUGAAGUGCUGGAGGAGCCCCCACCCCGGCUCCUCUGAGUCAAAAUCACCGGAGUGUAUUACUGCGGCCAGACUAAUAGCCAAAAUGAGGAUGAGGAUGUAGAAAUGGCAUGGUGUUUGAUGUCUCUCCAGCUUCAUGAAAAACCAAGGUUCUCAGCUGUUCAUGUGGCUCCAUGUGUUAUUAUGCUUUAUUGAAUCAGUGCCUUAAAGUAGGCCCUGUUUGGCCAAUCUCCUGUCCAUUUGUAGGUAUGAUUCACAUUGUUUGCUUUUUGUGUAAAGAUUAUAUCUAUAGGCUUUUAAACCAGAGAAUUUUAAAUAAAGGUAUAAUCCACAUU